AUGGAUCCUCGUGAUGAUGGGUCGCGACGUUCUCGUGGCGUUCCCAACCGCAUGCUUCAGUGGGCCGGACAUAAGGUCAACAAGUGGUUGGAGUCUGACAGCGAUCAAUCCUCAUCUUCAAGACCGAGUCACCACCAAACCGCCCAUCAACCUGCAGAAUGGCAUGGUCGAAUCCCGAUUUCACCUCCAGAGUCCGAUCAUCUCCGCUUGCUCUUCAAGGCGUCGCCUCUGCCAUGUUCCAGCGCCAACGCCGAAACCAACACGACUUCUCACGCGGUCCUCGCUCCCGUAGAUUCAACCUCCUGCUCCCCAUACCCGCCGGCCAUCAACAUCGUCUGCGUCGACUUCCUAGGCGAGGUCCACAGCGCAACAACCUACGUCAAACGCGACCUCGGCUUCCAAGGUCAACUGGGGUCUUACAUCCUCCUCUCGUACGGAGACACCCUCUACACCGACGCAAAUUACUCCGACACCUGGCGCGGCAUGACAUCCGACAGCAUCGCACUCGCCACACACGACCCGCUCGUCGUCGUCGACCCCGUGCUCAAUGAGCAGGGCUACCCGCCACAAUUCUGUCCACUGAUAUCCAACUAUGGCGAAGAUCCCGCCGACUGUGCGCUAGGGAUUACAAACGUCGUCCAGACCGGCGGUAGCGGCAGUGGCGGUAGCAGCGCAAAUGAAAACGAGGGCGUCAUGUUCUUCCUGCUCAAUCACCGGCCGAACGGGACGAACAACCUCGUCGGCGCCGGCGUGGCAAGCGUCAGCCUCGACAUGAGCAGUUACCCUCCGGUGGCCAAGGUGAGGCGGCUGGCGAAGUACUGGUGGGACGCGACCCUUGAGCCGUGGUACGGCGACAUAUGCGCCCUCCGGCACGACGGGUACGUGUACGCGUACGGGCACGGCGGCCACGCCAGCGAGAAUCCGUGGGUGUACCUGGCGCGUGCGAGACUGCACGAGACGACCGUCUUGGGAGGGUAUGAAUACUGGAACGGCGACGGGUGGCAAUCGGAGCGGCUGAUGACAAAACAGUUGGGCGAGAAGGAGAGUGUCUUUUGGCAGGUCAAUCAGGGCCAGGUCGUGUGGAGUGCCUGGUUGGGAUGCUUUGUCUUUGUCUAUUGCGACAACUGGAUGAACAGCAAAGUGCUCAUGAAGACCGCCCAAAAGCCCGAGGGUCCCUGGUCCGAGCAGCCCAUCGAAGUGUAUCAGGCCACGCCCCUGACAGAAGGUGGCGCGAUCUAUGCGGCGGUUCCGCAUGAUUAUUACGACAAGACGGGGCGCACCUUGGUCGUCACGUUUACGAACCAUCCGAAUCGCGUACAGGCCGUCAAGGUUACGUUUGGGUGA